UCGAACCCAGCUAUCUCAACAAGAGCAGCAGCAUCCCAAACAGUGGUCUUGGACUUCAGGUAUGACAAGUCCGAUGGAUGAGUUCACUGGACAUGGGCUCCACGCUCAAUGGAUGCUCAAUCGCCAGUGGAGCCUUCGUCCUUCAUGCACCCCACACUAAGCCAUGCUUUUGCGGGGUUGUCCAGCCGAGCGCGGACAUCCUCCCCGAGAGUCGGACUGGAUAAAUGAAGCGGACUGAGUCUCCGACCUAGGCCUGCACUUGUAUCUGUUAUGCACUCGAGUAAUAAUGCAUUCGACUGCAUGUCUGCGGUGUCAUCGGAGAAAGGUCCGAUGCGACAGAUCUCUCCCGCAAUGCUCCCCAUGUGCAAGGGCCAAGGUGACCUGCCAAUACACGACCAGUGAGCACCAGCAUCGCCGUCAACACCUACAGAGACUGGAGCAGCGAAUCCGGCAACUAGAGACCGACAAUAAUUCCCUAGCCGCGCAGCUGAGAAGCAGUCAGGACCGACCGGUGGCAAAUAGUGAUCCUCAACCGGCAGUCACGCCGCAGCACGAAGAGAAUAUCGGGGCUAGAGAUGAUGGGGUGGCGGAGCAAGUGGUUCAUGCGUCGCUGGUUGCGGGAGGGGGUCAUCACUUCGUGGGUUCUACGAGCGGUCUGCUGCUCGCAACACUGCUCCAGUCCGGCCACUCAUCGUCAUCGGUUUUUCCUAUUCCCACUCAGCAAGCAGGCGGUGGGCCAGAGCAAAGUCGUCAUUCCCCUUAUACAGAUUCUAAUAGACCACCCAAAGGUCUAGCAAGAGACUUGCUGCAAGCCUAUCGCGCCCAUGAUCAUCUUUGUUAUCCCUACAUUUCCACCAAGACUCUCUUUCAAUGCUUAGACUCGGUGUACGAUGGGAACAAUGACGACCCUGUCGAGGCUUUCUUCGUUGACAUGGCACUUGCUAUUGGAACAGCCCAAGCGCAUCGCCUGAAAUGGAAUGGUAUCUACGAUUCAGAAGCACACUUGCAUCGCGCCAUGACGAGACUGACAGAUGUGCUUGCUCGAGGAGGCGUCCAACGCCUGCAAGCUCUUUUGCUAAUCUGCCAAUAUAAGAUGGGCUCUACCUCUAGCAGUACCACUCCGAGUGUGUGGCAUCUUAUCGGCGUAGCGGCGAGAACUUGUUUGGAGAUGGGUCUUCACCGAGCGUCAACCUAUUCCCUCCCUGUUGUGCCUACAGGGUCGACGAAUGAAAAUUACGACACCACUUUGCAAGCAAGGCGGGAAGAAAUGGAAACAAAAAAGAAGUGCUUCUGGAGCUUGGUAGCCUUGGACCGGGUUGUGAGUCUAGCUCUCGGGCGCCCUUUCGCAAUUCAAUUGGAGGACAUCGACAUAGACCUUAGCGACGGGCUUCCCAUUGACAACCAGCAAGAGACGUGCUCACCUGCUGCACUGAGCGAAUAUUCUCGACAGGAUCAGAUUAAGACUUCCGCAUUCGUGUACAUCGUGCGAUAUCGUCUCAUAUGUGGGAAGAUAUCAAAUGCCCUACAUCGAGCGUCGAGAGUAAAAGGAGAUUCCGUCAAUUUGUUGGAGGCAAGGGACUCGUUAGCCACGGAGCUACAGGAAUGGUAUUCUGGAACAGCGAAGCUACCGUUAUCACCCCGGGAUAAUCAAGCACUCAAUGAGCUUCCAACCAGGGGAGGGUCGUGCUUCCUGUCCGAAGAGUGGUAUCGGCUGUUGUACCACAAUGGCAUGCUAAUGCUAUACCGCCCUUCGCCCUACCUCUGUGACGCCUCCCAUAACAGUGCCACAUUACAACAUCUCUUCCACUCCUCUCGCGAAGCUAUCCACCUGUAUUCCAGUCUUCACAGGUCCCGGAAGCUAAACUACUCCUGGAUCACCAUGCACACUAUCUUCCUGGCGGGAUUGUCAUACAUAUAUGCCCUUCGAAAUCACUUUCAAUCCAUCCAGGCCCAAGCCACGCAGCCAAUACUAACUGGCACACCAACGAUAACCGAAGUGGUGAAUGAUACUCGGGCCUGUUCCAAGGUGCUACUUGCAGUUGCCGAAAGACAGGACAUUGCGCGGAACUGCUCAGAACUAUUUGACCGGCUCAGCGAUGCGCUCAUCACAGAUGUGUUUGCAGCACAGAGUACUUCAACAGGGUUUCUCGCGUCAACCCCGGUGCCUCAUUUCACAGCAGAAGCGAGCUCAAUGAAUGCGCCUGGAGAGGGCUUUCAUAACCAAGUGCCGGAGUCAAGCAGCAUUAACAUGAAUAUGGCGAUCGACAGUACAUUUCGGGAUUACUUUAGUGAUCUGCAGAACUUAGGAUUCGAUGAACUGCACAACGAUGCUCUUUCCCAGCUUUCGCAAGAGUGGUUUUUGGGGCUCAAUGAGGAUCGAGCAUUUCUGAGCAGCCUUGAACGAUAG